AUGACGAUGAUGAGUGAUCUUACGCAGGAUUUGGUAGAGGAGAUACUGUCUAGGGUUCCGAUAACUUCUCUAGGAGCAGUGAGAUCCACCUGCAAAGGAUGGAACGCUUUAUCCAAAGAACGGAUUCUAUGUAUAGGAGAACCAAAACAGCAGUUUCUAGGGUUCAUGAUGUUGGAUUAUAGGCUUUGCUCAAUGAGGUUCAAUCUUCACGGAAUCCUCAACGAAGACUUUGUUAGUAUAUCAAUGUAUCAAGUCGAAACAUCUCAAGUCUUUUACUGCGCCGGCUUAUUGUUAUGUGUAACAAGGGAGAAGUCAUCAAGGCUCAUUAUUUGGAACCCGUAUUUAGGACAAACCAGAUGGAUCAACACCAAAACCACAAAAACAGGAUACAAUACGUAUGCUCUUGGAUGUGACAACAACAAGAAUCACAAGAUAUUGAAAGUUUUCUGUGAUGACUACCAGUGCUACUACGAAAUUUACGAUGUAAAGUCUAAUUCAUGGAGUGCUUUUAAUGUCACUGAUCCCAACUGGCAUAUAGACUAUGAUAUAUGCGCAUUGGUAAAUGGAAAUACUUACUUUUUGACUAAAGAAAGAAUACUAGUGGAAGAUUCCGAUGAAGAUGAAGAUGAAGUUGAAACCCCUGAAAUCUUAAUCUGUUUUGAUUUUACGGCAGAGAGAUUUGGCAAGUUUCUUCAUCUACCGUUUCAGUUUGAUAUUGAUUUCGGAGAUACCGGAGGUCUAUCUUGUGUUAAAGAAGAGAAACUCGCGGUGUUACUUAAACGCUAUGAUCAAAAUGUGAUAGAGAUUUGGGUUACUACUAAGAUUGAGCCCAAUGUGGUGUUUUGGAAACCCUUCUUAAAAGUUGAUAUUGAGACAGUACUCGGUGCUCUUCUUGAUUUUCAGCUUGACAGUUUCUUCAUUGACGAAGAGAAGAAACUCGCGGUGGUUUUUAGUUCAAACAAAUCAAAAUGCUACAAAACAGCUUACAUUAUUGGAGAAGAUAGAUACUUGAAAGAAGUGGAUCUUGGAGAAUGUAAACCAUUGCGUAGCCCAAUUGUGUGUUUUAGCUCGUAUGUUCCAAGUUUAGUGCAAAUCAACCAAAUUGCAGUACCCAAAAGGAGAGAGAAUAAGAGGAAGAGGAAGAGCAAAGGAAAGGGUAGAGAAGUGUGA